AUGGACAACACUACGACCCCUUCACAGAACCACACCCGGGUCUACAUGUUUACCCCUGUACCAGCCCCCACCAAGGCCGCCUUAGUGACAGCAUUUGUAUUCUUUGGAGUGGUGGGAAUCUUGGGCAAUACCAUAGUACUGGUUUUCGAGUGGAAGAAGCGUAAAGAUGCUGAUACGCCGGCAAAGCGCAAGGUCCUUGAGCGAACUCUCACGCUGUACUUCAUGAAGAGUUUGGCGCUGACAGAUCUGUUUUGUUUGGUUAUUGGGGUGCCUUUGAUUCAAAUCCUUCUCUUCGCGGACAUCUUCAGGAAGGACUGGCACUGCCUUGUUCAUAACUUCCCCUUCUUUUGUUUCCCAUGUAUAACAAUCAUGAAUCUAGUAGUCAUCAGUGUGGAGAGGUACAUAGCGGUAUUCUUUCCCCUUCGUGCGCCCACGCGCGAAUUCGCGAAAAAACUAGUCAUUGCCGCGUGGAUCGUGGGUGGAACUCUCGCGGCCAUUCUCAACCUUCCAAUGAAACACAAGUACAUAGAGGUAAACGCAACCGUCUUCACGUACGCCUGUGUGUCUAGUAGCGAAAGAGCCUGGGAGAAGCUAGUGUUCGGUGCUGUCACGUUUCUGGUCUAUAUUGUGCCUUUCCUUAUCAUGUUUUUCACCGCUGCUAGCUUGUCUAGGUUCCUACAAAAAAGAAAGCGUGAGAUAAGAAACAGCGCGAAUAUACACUGUAACGCCUCACAGGCUUGGCGUUUAAAGGAUCUCCAAAUAUUUGUUAAAGUUAUUUUCGCUUUCUGCAUCCCAUACUCGGCAUUUUUCCUCUAUAACUUGGGAAAACGUUUUGCUAAUCUAGAGCUAAGCUAUGAGCUAGACUACUCUGUGAGGAUGCUGGCUGGGGUUUUAGCGAUAUCAAACAGCGCUCUCAACCCAAUAAUUUACUUCUCGUCUUCAAGACUCUUCAGGUCACAGCUGAAGAAUAUGAUAUUUCCAGGAAGAGUAACACCUAGCGAUGUAACCCAGACCUCACGCACAAGCCAGGUGAGAUACAUAGCUGGCGACCAGGGCGUUUCGAAUUGGCAUCGAGGCUCGUUUAGCAACAGGCAGCAAGCAGGCUUUGUCAACAUCGACUUUGAUAUUAAUAACUGUAAAGUGCUUGAAGGACACACAAGAAAAGACCGCGACUCGUAG